AUGCUGUGUAACAGUUUCAAACUGAGCAGCAAACAGAGAAAGAUGUGCAGGCGGGUAAAUGGCAUGGCGGAAACAAUCAUGGAGUCGGUAAAAGACAGCGUCAGACAGUGUGAGCAGCAGUUUGCGUGCGAGCGGUGGAACUGCAGCGACGGCGACUACAGACUGAGUCUACUCAGACGAGGAUUCAAAGAAGCGGCAUUCCUUCAUGCCAUAUCGGCUGCAUCCCUGACCUAUCACGUGAGCAGAGCAUGCAGUAGUGGCGACCUCGACCGGUGUUCAUGCGACAAGUCGAGUGCUCUCGAAACGCAGCGGCAGCAACUGAAAUACGGCGGCUGCGGAGACAACAUUAAAUACGGUGUAGCGUUUACGAAGAGGUUUAUGAAGGCUGGUGCAGCGGGGCGACACGCAGACGUACAACUUCACAACAACCGACUUGGGAUAUGGGCCGUCAGGCGCAAUCUAACUCGGAGGACGUGUAAGUGCGUGGGUCUGAGCGGCUCAUGCACUGUCAAGACCUGCUGGUUGCAACUCAGAGAGCUGCCCGUCGUCGCCAGGGAUCUGAAGGCGAAAACCGCGCACCGCAAGAAUGCGCAUACGAGCAAGAAGACGCUGCUCUUCGCCGAGCGGUCGCCGGAUUUCUGCUCGCAAAGUAAAUACAGCGCAGGCACAACGGGUCGCAGGUGUAAUGGCUGCGGUAAUGGCGUCGAUGCGGGAAGGUUGUCGGAAGGCGCGACGUGCGACAGUAUGUGCUGCGGUCGCGGAUACAACACGCGGCGCGAGUUUUUACAGCGCUCCUGCUCGUGCAAGGUAACGGGCAUCGUUGCCCGUUGUGAGAUAUGUAAUUACACCCAGUUAGCUUACUAUUGUAAAUAGACCGGUGACAUAGUAGGCUAACUGUGUGCAGCAAUUGCGUACAGGAAUGCCCCGCGUUACGUAACCGGGGGUAUACGAGACAACCCGGUUUAGGAAGAUUUGCAUGCACGUAAUUUGUAAAUUAUGACCACUUUACUCGCGAUACAUAACGAAAAUUCGCUUUCGCGUAACUUUUUCAGUGGCGUUUCUACUCAAACUGUGGCGUGCUUCAUCCCCGUAAAUAGAAUUUAUAUACACGUAAUAAAUACCCAACCAGCUAACAAUACGUUUUAGCGGAAUGAUUCUGCUUAGGAACGCGUCUCUAAUUAUAUAAUGACAGUCAAGAAGAAGAUGCGAUUCACGUUAGGCGUUUUCGCGUUACGAACUUUUUUAUUCGUUGAGAUGCAUUACUUACGUAACGCGGGGUAUCUAUGCAAUCCAUCAAUAUCAAUAUGUAUCGAUUUAGGAACAAUUCCAAGUUUUCUGUAAAAUGUUAGUUGUAAAUAAUUGAGGUAGAAAACAGUAUAUCUAGCUAUUUAACUUACACCAAGUCUCUGCUAAAGCAUAAUUCAAAGUUAAAGAUACUUCUCUAAUAAUACUUCCCACUUCUCAUCCUGC